CUUUCUUUUUUUCCUUCUUUUUUUAUCUUUCCUUCUUUCUUUUUUCUUUCUUUCGUUCUUUCUUUUCUCUCUCUUUUUUCUUUCCUCCUUCCUUCAUUUCUUUUUUCUUUUCCUCCUUCCUUCUUUCCUUUCUUUUGUCUUCCUGCCUUCCUUUCCUUCUUUCUUUCUAUCCUUUCCCCCCUGACUUCCUAAAACAAAACAGAGUCAGAAACCUAGGAAACAACAAGUCCAGUGCAGCAGUGGUCUGUCUCUACGCUGUGUGUGCUACAGAAAACAUCUGAGCAUUAUGCCCUCCCACUUUUUUUUUCUAACUUUUCUUAUCUGAGACAUUUAGAAAUGACUCACUUUUGAGACAUUCUGCUGGAGAUUCAUAAUCAGAAGUGUAUGGUUUGAGUUUCCAGAAGCAGAGAAGGAAGAAGAACUCAGCAACUUUCCUAAACAAACUUAGUGACUUAGUGACUUGAUAGUGAUCAAGUGUGGGGACCAGUUCAAACCUCUGUGGGUGACCUCCAAAUUGAAGCUGAACCUCCAGAUACAGUCUUAGAUCACUGCAGUUUAGCCAUGGAGUCUGUCUCUGCUGAGACCAAUUCAACUGACCUGCCCUCUCAGACCUUUGUGAGUCAACCCCAAGUGGUUCUCUCCAUGGUGAUUCUCAGCCUCACUUUCCUACUGGGUUUGCCAGGCAACGGGCUGGUGCUAUGGACGGCCGGCUUCAAGAUGCGCCGAACAGUGAACACCGUUUGGUUCCUCAAUCUCACGCUGGCAGAUUUCCUCUGCUGCCUCUCCUUGCCCUUUUCCCUGGCUCACUUGGCUCUUCAAGGACACUGGCCCUAUGGAUGGUUCCUCUGCAAGCUCAUACCAUCUAUCAUCAUCCUCAACAUGUUUGCCAGCGUCCUUCUACUGACUGCCAUAAGCCUGGACCGCUGUCUCUUGGUCCUCAAGCCAGUCUGGUGUCAGAAUCAUCGCAAUAUGAGGACAGCCUUCAUCGUCUGUGUUUGUAUCUGGGUAGUGGCUUUCCUGAUGUGUAUACCUGUGUUCAUAUACCGGGAAAUGUUCUGUGGCAACAACCACUGUUUUUGUAAUUACAAUGAUGAUUACAACAGACCAUUUGAUUACUCACUAGAUUAUUCAGAUUUCAACUUCUCUUUCCUGGGGAAUGAGUCUCUAGACUCACUUGUAGCACAAGUGGAUCAACAGCAUUCUUUAUUUCAACAAACAAAUGAUUAUCCUUGGACAACGGAUUCAGCUACAGUAUCUGACCAACACCCGUAUCCUAAUAGACUUAAACCUUUGGAUGUGACCUCAUCCAUAAUCCUCAGAGAAAAUCACCCACUGGAAGACUUGGACCCUUUCCUCUCUACAGGUGUAGAGCAUUCCUCAAAUGCUUCUAGCGAUUAUUUCUACAAUCCUGAGCUAUAUCCAGACUUCCUAUUUGAUUACCCUGCCCGCUAUAUGCUUGGCUAUGUAGUAUCCACACCCAAUGGGACAGUAAGCCUCGUUCGGCUGGUACUGGGCUUCCUGCUGCCAGCUGUGGUCAUGAUGGUCUGUUACAGCCUCAUUAUUUUCAGAAUGCGCCAGGGCCGCUUCACCAAGUCCCGCCGUAAAACCUUGAGAGUGGCAGUUGUGGUGGUGAUUGUCUUUCUGCUCUGCUGGGCUCCCUAUCACAUUUUUGGAAUCCUCCACUUGUUUAUGGAUCCAACAACUCCCUUGGGGAGUACUCUGCUGUCCUGGGACUACGUGACCCAGGCUCUGGCAUCAGCCAACAGUUGCUUCAAUCCCUUCCUCUAUGCCCUCCUGGGGAAAGAUUUUCGGAAGAAAGCCAAGCAGUCCAUGCAGGGCAUCCUGGAGGCAGCAUUCAGUGAUGAGCCCACCCACUCUACCAGCUGUACCACAAAUAAAGUAUUUUUGGAAAGAAAUAGCAUGGGUACCAUUGUGUGAAAGCAGGCAGCACCUGACUCAAGAAGAGGCUUGUAGUUAUGCACUGAAUGCAAUGUGUUUCUGAAAGGACAAGGGAUGUGGUGAACAAGGUAUUUUGGAAACCACCAAAGAGUCAGUUGAAGGCUUCUCGCAAUGUGGCUACAAACUCGUGGCAUCACUUGGAAACUUGUUAGAAAUAAAGUUCUCAAGCCCUACCACAGACUGGUUGCAACAGAAUGGGGGG